ACAACAGCAUCGCCUCGCUCGACAGGUGACAGACUGAACUUUUGAUAAAGACAUUUAAAAUGGCCUUCUUAAAAUUUAUGAAAGGUGCCAUUGUGGGAAGUGAGCAGCCUAAGUAUGAAGUACUUUCUAAGACAGAUGACUAUGAACUUCGAUCAUAUCCUGAAUGUCAGUGGGUGACUCUUUCAGUUCAUGAUAAAACACCUGACGAAUUUUCACGAGAAGAUUUUCGCAGGCUCUUUGAUUAUAUCAAUGGAAAAAAUGAAGCAGCUUUGUCAAUUGACAUGACUACUCCUGUUGUCUUCCAUGUGAGUCCUGUUGAAGAGAGAGCGAAAGAUUAUUCUGUGUCAUUCUUUCUUCCUUCAAAGUUAGAGAAUCCACCAAAUCCUACAGAUUCUGACUUGGCUUUAUCUGAAACUGGAGCUCGAGAAGUUUAUGCCAGGACUUUUGGUGGCAUGGCAAAAGAUGCUGACUGGAAAAGAGAAUUUGAAUAUUUAAAAUCAAAAUUAGAAAAUCCAGAUGAUAUUGAUCUGUCUGAGUAUCACCGUGCUGGGUAUGAUCCCCCUUUCAAACCAUUCAACAGAAGAAAUGAAGUGUGGAUUGUUAAGAAAUCAUCAUCUAUUGUCGAUCCACAAACCCCUACAGAGUAGAUCAUUCUAAAGUAUGUGUUGCUAUAUUCUAGAGAAAGAGCAAUCGUAUUUGAUUCAUGCAAAAACAAUGUGAAACUAGAUGUUAACAUUGUUGCAUGUAUGUCAUAUGCCGCACAUGUGUUUUGAAGAAUUAAAAGUUGAAAAUGAUAUUUACUUAAACAAGAUUUUCUGCAUGUUUUAUGGAAAACAAAAUUUUAUAAAUAUGCCAAAUAUUUCUUUUUUACUUUUGGUCACUUAUACAUAUUUUUAAAUUAUGUAUCUCCAUAAAAUGGUGAGCUGUCGAAAAUGGAUCUAAUUACAUAGAUUUCAAUGUAUCAUAUUGCAUAAAAAUCUAUCUUAAAGCUUUUUAAAAAUACUAUACUUAAGUGUACUUAAAAAUUGAUUUUGUAGAAUACAUUUUCAUUUUGUUUUUGAUAGUUAGCAUAUCAACUGAGCUGAAAUUGAGGCUGAAAAAAAAUGUGUCAUUUUUGUUUGAAUCCUUGAGAUAUUUCUAAUAGUUAGAUUGCUGUGAUGAGUGUUGAUGUUAGUAUUUGUGCAAUAUAAUCUACGAAUACUUGAUAUUCUUGAUUACUACUCUAUAUAACAUGUUUCCUUAGAUCAGCGAAACUUAUAAUAAUACAGUUAGAAGUUUUCUAAAAAUGCACAGACUAAUUUGCAGAUUUUAUGAAGAUUUUUUUUUGUUUUUGUUUUUUUAGAAUAACAUAGUGUUGUGAUUUAAAUCAGUGCUCACACUUACACAAUUGUUUGUAUUAUUAUUGUGUAUAAAAUGUACAUAAAAUGUGUUUUUUGAAAAAUGCAACAUUUUUUUGUUUAGUUUAAUUGUGCUUAGUAUUUUAUCAAUUUGUAAGUUUUGUUUCUGGUACAGUUUUUAUAUUUUUCUUUUAAUUCUUGUAUAUUUUAAUAUCACUUUUAAAAUAUCAUUUUUUAGUACAUACUUAAUUGCUAUGCAUUUUAGAAAAUUGCUAAUAUUUUUCUAUGUCUAGAAUGUGUGUUAUGUGAUUGAUCCCUGUUUUUACUUUUACUCAUAUUGUACUAGAAUGUAGAAAUUCAAAUAUUUGGUGUAUUUGUAUAAAUUUUCUUCAUUAAAAAUGCUUUUUUUUUUAAAUUUUAAACCUAAGUUCUACUCUUGAAAUCAUUUUAUUUGAUCUCACACAGUACAGAAAAUGAUCUGGAACUUUAUUAGGGGUAAAUUAGCAUUGAAGUUACGUAGAGUAAAAAAUAGGUCAGUAAAUCAAACAUUCCAUUCAUUUUAUAUUAGAUUAUAUUAAAUAUUCCUACUUUCUGACAUGUUUCUAUUUUAAUUUUCUGUUGGUAUUCCAAAAAUAUUUUGAUAUUUUUGUAAUUAUUUUUAUUAUAUUGAGAUUUUAUAUUUUCAGUGAAUGUUUACUUGCUUAUUUCUAAUUGGUUAAGAAAAAACAAUUUUCAUGUGUGUACUUUUAAGUUUUAAGUUAUGAAUUCUUUGUUGGCAACAUUCUUAUUCCAAUAAAAUGAAGCUAACAAGGUUGUAUUCUGUAGUAUUCUAUUGAAGCUAUUGUGUGAUAUGCUACAUUUUAUAAAUUCCAAAAGAUUUUUGCUAUGGUACCAGAAAAAGCGUAUGUUUUAGUAGAAUCAUGCCUAUAUUUUAUUUUCCCUCUGUUAAUUUGACUGCAAGACAUAAAUUUGCAUUUGCAUGAACAUCUUUUGUAGUCUUGAAUCAAGAAGUUAGAGCACAAAAAGUCCUUGAACUUUUAAAUGUGAUUAGAAAAUAAACUUUUGUAUAAAAAAAAGCAUAUUUUUAUGCCUGUAGCAAAAUAUUGUCUACUGCUGAUGAUAAAAGUAAUUUUUAGAGAAAAGUACUAAAUUUUUAAAAUCAAUACUUUAAAAUCUACAUGAAAGUCAAUUUGGCCUUUCAAAUUUUCAAUUAAAAAAUUUUAAUUGUAAUUCAAAAGCUGCAAAUCAGUGUCAAAAUUUUAUGUCUUAAGUACUGUAUAACUAAAACCAAAUUGACACUUAAAAGCAAGUUGAAAUGUGAUCUUAAAAAAAUAUGUUUACUUUUCAUGUUAAUUUAAAUGUUAAAGAUGUAUAGUAUAUACAUUUUAAAGUAGCAUCCUUAAUUUAAUUUUUCAUAUUAUUUUUGUACUUGCCUUGUCAAAAGCAAAUUUUCAUCUUCUAAACACGCACUUAUAUUUUGGGCUUUAAUGAAUCACAUGAAACUGUUGACAAGUUCUACAUUAUAUAGAUGUGUGUUAUAUCAUGUAAAUGGUAGUUACUUAAAAGUGUUUGGAAAAGCUUUAAUGUAGGUUUAUCAUGUUACACUGCCAUCUUAAGUGUUUCUUCAGUGUUAGAAUAUACAGAUAUUUAUAAGAUUUAUGAAUCUUAAAAAUCUUUGGAUAUUUGUUUUUGUUUCAUGGAAACUUGUAAGUACAGUAUUGUUUGCUAAAACAAGUUAACUGGUGUAAAAUGGCAUUUUGGAUUUUUUUUUCUUUCCCACAAAAUUGCUUUUGUGGUGAAUGUAAUUUGUAUUAAAAGUGCUUAAUCUUGUCUCAAGGUGCAGUAUUUUACUAAAUUUUCAUGGCUAGAUUAGGUCUUCAUAUAAACAAUACCAUUUUGGUCAGUUUAACUAUUACUAUAAACAUGAUGAUAAAACAUUUUAAGAAACAUUGUGCCUAUAAAUGAAAUAUGCUUCCUUUUGAAAGUAUUUCAAGCCUUUAUUAUUUGUUAGCAUUAGAUUGUAAUGUAUUUUUAUAGAAGCAAAAGCAUCGCAAAUGUUCGCUUUGUAAUGUACUUUUUUCAAAACUGUACUUCAAACCAAAAUUUAUGACUUAAAAAGCUACUCAGAAGGAGUAAUUUUCCUGUAGCACUUCAGUAUUGUUUUGAACAGUGGUACUUAAAUUUUCGGCAUGCAUUUCUCCUCCAAGGUUAAAAAUUUUUAGGAAGUACAUUCAUUAUAGGGCUAUUUAUUUGCAUAUUUUCUGAUACUUAAACAUUUAGUCCCAGUUGUCAGAUGCCAAGAGUUUCAAUGUUAAUUAUUUGUUUCAUUUAAUCCAUAUUUUAAAAUACUAAUGAUUACAGUAAGCAGUUAGAGUACUUAUAAUAAUAAUGUCACAUUAACACAAAAUAAAGCAUGAAGACUAAUCGAUAUAGCCAACUAAUUUUAGCGAAGUACUGCCUUUAUAACCUCUUCUUUUCUGCUUGAUGAUGUAAUUAUUGAAUGUUUUCCUCCUCAUGUAAAAUAUGUUUAACUUUCUCAUGGCAAUGAAUUUAGCACAAUUAAGACAACGCAUAGUUAAUGUUUUAAAAUAUGUUCUUAGAAAGUGCCUGAUUAAGUUUUCAAGUUAAUGUGAAUAGUACUAAAAAUGUAUGUAUUACAAUUUCUUUCACCUUCUUUUUCUACCUCAUUCCUUAUUUUUGUUCAUUCACUUAGUUUUAAGAAUGCCCUUUUCAUUCUUUCUAUUUUAAGGCACAUUUAUUUCUAGUAUUCUAUGCACAUUUAAAGUUUUGUUUUUGUUCUUUAUUUUUUUAAAAUCAAUCUAUUUAUGUAAUUAUUUUAAUUAUUAUUCUGUGUUUACAAAGAUAAUAAAUUGAAAGUUCUUGAAUUAAACUGCAAAAAUUUUUUAAUGAUAUUUUCAGUGCCUGAUACACAAAAUAUUGAAACUUUUCAUACAAGCUUUGUGUAACUUGUUUUUAAUUGUUUUUAAUUACAAAUGUCUAGUCAUGGCUAAUCAAUGCCUCAUGAAGUUUAAUUCAAUUGUUAUAAAUGAAAGUAUUUUAUUGUUGAUAUUCAAGUAUCUUGCUGUUUGGAUUAAUUUUAUAAAAGUUGUAUGUCUGAACUAUGCAAUAUUUAAUGACCGUCAUUCCUCGAUUUCGGGGGAAGUUUUAUGAUUUUUUCUUAGUUAAUAUAAGUGAAAACAUGUAAAUCAUCUUUCUUAAUAUUUGUAUUUGUAGUUAAAGCAGUGAUCAAUGCAUUCAUGAAUAUGUGCCCUUAGUUUCAGAAUAUUUGGUAUUGUAUAUCCUGAGACCUGGAAAUGAUGCUGAAGUGUUUUUUUUUUUUAAUAUUCCGUAAUUUUCACUCAUGAUUCAAAGAAAAUGUUAAAUGUUAAAAAAUGUUUAGGUUUCUAAAAGCACUUUCUGAGUCAUUGACUUGAAUCUAAUAUUCUAGCAAAUAUAAAUUUUGUCCAACAUGUUAGAUAGAGGCUCUACUUUUCUGCAAAAGUCAUUAUACCAUGAGGAAAUCAGAAUAGAAGCUAUUAUCAAUAGCUUUUAAAAUAAAAAAAAAGGAAGCAAAAUAGUUACUAAUUUUUGUUCCUUCCUGAUGUAAAAUAAUAAUAGUGAUAAAAGUUACUUUUUUUAAAUCAUACUAAUCACUAAAUUUGUAUAAAGCAAAUUUACUGUUUUUCUUUUAGCAAAAAGAUGUUUUUAAUCUAACACUUAGAGCAAUGAAAUAAUUUAUAGAUUCUCCUUUUUUUUCCGUGAGGACAGAACUGUUGAAACAAAAUGUUUACAUUAGUUUUUUUAGUAGUCACAUGAACGAGUACGUAUGUUUUUCGUACCUUUGAGUUUCUUUAGUUAAAUGUUAACGGAACUGUUUAAAUAUAUUUUAAGUAUUUUUAGUUAUGCAUAUUUAUUUCAUUACUUAUUCAUUGAAUGAAAACACCAAUGCAGUAGGAUUACAUUGUCCCUUUAUUAGCUUUACUAUUGAUUUAAUUUUAAAAAGAAACUGAGAGGAAAUAUAUGUUUCUUUCUUGGGUAAUAUAAAAAGAUGUAAUCUUCCUUCUUAAUUUGUCACUAUGAAAUUCAAUUAUCAGGCUAAAAGGAUAAAUAUCAAACUAUAAUAGUUAAAAAUAUUAGUAUAAAUGUUUCAUGAAAGAAAAGUGAUGUUCAGCUCCUCAAGGUUCUUGGGUAUAUUUUACAUUAUUUUUGCAUCUAAUUUAUGUGCAUAAUAUUUAAAUCAUUGAAAUUACUUUCGUCAUGUGCAAAACUAUUUGAAAUCUUUGAAAAUCAGUUCCUUUUUGUAUGUAUUGCCUUAUUUUUAUGGCAUAAGUUUAAAAUUUUGAUAGAUAUUUUUAUUUCUAUGCUCUUUGUAUUUAUUUAUGUAUAUAAUUAAUGUUUGAUUGCUGAAUGGCAUAAGAUACUUGAUAUUUCUGUAAACUUCAAUUCAUGAAUGUAGGUUGCAAUUACUUGACCUGUGAUAUUUUAUUAUAUACUUACAAGUAAUAAAAUUACUAACAAAUUGUGAAGUUUUGUUUGCCGAAUGCAUCUAUUUCUGAUGUAUAUACUCAAAUUUCAUUCAUACUAUAAACUUUAAAUGUCUCACAUCAAAUUCUUGUGGGACGUACAUUGUGUCUUUUUGAUCAAAAUCCAUAUUAGUCUCAUAUUAAUUUUUUUGUGCAAGGUGUGAAAAAUAUGUAUCAAACUCUAUGGAUUGCAAUUAAAUUGAAAGUUUGAAUGUU